AUGGCUGCACAACAACACCCUUUUACAAUUGCCAUCUCUGGCUGCUCCUCUGCAGGAAAGAGCACGCUUGCUUUCCUUCUUGCUGAGAUCUUCUCUGGCACCGAGGCCAGCAGUUCUGGUACGGUCCCGAUUAUCCAUGGAGAUGAAUUCUUCAUGCCAAAACACCUUUGCCCUCUCGUCGCAUUUACCUCCACACCGAAGGACACUGCAUUCUGCCAACUUUCAUUGAAGGAAGAUGAGAUUGGUGAGUACAUUGUUGCAUGGAACGGUACUCGAGCCAACGACCCGUUUAUGACACAUACUCCUGCAACUACAACCAAUGUUCCUUCUUAUGCUGGAUUAAUCGCCUCCCAAUCUUCUAAAGAUACUCAAAACGGUCACCUCGAGCUCGAAGCAAACGACCUCCUCCCGUCAAACCACUCCAUCAAGACCACCUUCUCUGUUGCUUCUACCCUUCAUGAAGGCGGCCGUACGAAGGUCUUUACAAUCAGCGGGCCGAAUACAGACUGUGAUGAAGCAGUGAACUUCGUUAGGAUGUUCCAAGCUUUGAAGGAGACUUCGAUGUGUGACGUCGAGACUGUUGCCAAGAAUUUGGGUAUAAUGAGCAUCCAUGGGCACGAGGCCAAGUCCGACACUGACAGCGAAGGCGGUGGGGCCCCAUUAUCCCGUCAGACUUCGGGACAACAAUCGGAUGGAGGUGUUGCAUUGGUUCCUAAAUUCGAGUACAUUGAGGACUUGGCACCACCCCAUUCCCAUCUUGUCACCAAUAUCGACACUCUCAAGGCUGAGUACGGCGAGCUUAUCAACGCUAUGAAGGAGCAAGUACGCGGGUUCUUUAUACAAUCAGCGGCUUCUUGCCACACCGAAAAGUUGAAGCUGCCUAAGAUGGUCAUCAUCGAGUCUUUCCUCCUGCUAUCCGACCCUGCUAUUAUCUCACUUGGUGACAACAACCCCAACACAACUCGUCUUCUGCAAGUUUUCCAUACCUUCUUACAAAAGAUGCAAUACCUUUCGACCAGGCUCGCAGACCGAGGAGACAUUGACGAGGAACUUGAGCAAGAGAGAGAAGGUCACGAAAAGAACAUCCAAACCAUUAACGGCGUCUGCAAGCGCGGUAUGAUGGAACGUUUCCACUGCAAAUUGUGGUUGAGCACGAGUGAGCACGCUGCUAAAACCCGACGAUUUGAGCGAGCUGCAUAUCUUGACCGUAGUGAGGGAGGAUUGAGGGAGCCGGGUCAGUUGUGGAAGACGGAGGGGUACUUCGACCAGAUUACUUGGACGAACCACUUAGACUCACACAAGUGGUUGAUUGGUGAGGAUGGCGGUGAUGAGAUCGUUAGCGAGCUUGGUGCAUACAAGGCCGGAAUUCAUCUUAGGGCACAAGAUUUGAGGGUUGAGGAUACGGUACGCUGGGCAGUUGGCAUCAUCUUGGACGAGAUGAAGAAGCUCUCGGGUUUGGUGAGAAAGAGGACAGCGGAAAAGUAG